AUGAAGCAAAAUUCCACACAGGUUUUAUAUUUCACUCUAAGUGCCUACAUUGACACUGGUUCUCUGAAGUACUUGCCUUUCUUCAUUGUCCUGUUUUUGUAUAUUCUAAUUGUUGGUUCUAAUGUUCUGUUAAUUGUUGUUAUCUGUGUAAACAGGAGCUUACAUGAGCCUAUGUACAUAUUUCUGUGCAGCCUGUUUGUCAAUGAACUGUACGGCAGCACAAGUUUGUUUCCCUUCAUGCUGCUUCAGAUCCUCUCUGAUGUUCACAAUAUUUUUACUCUUCCUUGUUUUUUGCAGAUUCUCAGUAUUUACACCUAUGGAACUGUAGAGUUUAUCAACUUAGCUGUUAUGUCUUAUGACAGAUAUGUAGCCAUAUGCCAUCCUCUGCAGUAUAAUUCACUGAUGACUUCACAGAAAAUUGUCUUCCUGGUGUCAAUCACUUGGUUUACCCCAUUUUUAUCUGUUGGGGGCACAAUGUUCUUAAGCUCCUCUCUGCAGCUUUGCGGAAACAUCAUUAAUAAGAUUUAUUGUGAUAAUCAUUCUAUUAUAAAACUGGCUUGCAAAGAGCCCAGGGUCAAUAACAUCUAUGAACUUCUCAUGACUUUUCUCACAGUUUGUGUUCCUCUGUCUGUGAUUCUCUACACCUACAUGAGGAUCCUUAAGGUGUGUUUUUCUGGAUCCAAACAGACCCGACAGAAAGCUGUCAGUACCUGCACUCCUCACAUCGCUUCAGUUAUCAAUUUCUCUUUUGGUGUUUCCUUUGAAAUCAUACAGAGCCGAUUUAACAUGACUCAUGUUCCUGGUGUGCUGAGAAUAUUUUUAUCAUUGUAUUUUCUUACUUGUCAGCCACUCUUUAACCCAGUUCUAUACGGCCUGAAUAUGUCUAAAAUACGCAGCCUGUGUAAAAAGCUGGUUUUGAUGUCAUGA